AAAGGAGGGGGUUCCCAUUCUGAAGCAAGGCUGUCCUGCAGCUCUGCCCUCUGAAGGACACUGCCUCAGAGCCCAGUGGCUACCCUGAGCUCUGAACCACGAUCCCUUAGAAGAGCAGGUUGUCAGCAAACUCAGAAGCUUCAGGAGCUGCAGGGACACAGCCAUGGCUGAGGAGCUGUCUCAAGAGCAGGUGGCCGAGUUCAAGGAGGCCUUCUCCAGGUUCGACAAGGAUGGGGAUGGCAACAUCAGUGUCCAGGAGCUGGGUGAAGUGAUGCAGAUCCUGGGCAGGAAGCUCUCCGAGGCCGAGCUGAAGGGGCUGAUCGCCAUGGUAGACACAGAUAACGACGGCGUCAUCAGCUUCCAAGAGUUCCUGGCAGUGAUGGCCCAAAAGAAGAAGAGCUGGGACAGUGAGGAGGACCUGCGGGCCGUCUUCCGCGCCUUCGACAGCAACGGCGACGGCUACAUCACCGUGGAGGAACUCAAGCAGGCCAUGGUCCAGCUGGGGGAGCAGCUUUCGCAGGAGGAGCUGGAUGCCAUGAUCCGCGAGGCUGACAUGGACAAGGACGGGCGGGUGAACUACGAGGAGUUUGUGCAGAUCCUCACCCAGAAGUAAGGCUCCCAGGGUGCGGGCCUCGCCCUGUCUGACUGACUCUGGCCUGCUUUUGUUGUGGGGCAAUAAAGGGAAAUUCUGGAUUGGUAGAUGGGAAAUUCCUCAUCCAUGAGCUCUCUUUGGUCUGGAUGCUGUGCUGUCUGGGGCUGCUCACGAGCUCCUCUCUGCCUGCUGGGCAGAAGGUGACCUCUUUGAACUGGUCCCUCCCCUCUCCUUGCAGUGGAAUGGGUGUUCCCCACCUCACAGGGCUGUGGCUAUGGUCUAAUAAAAGGAAUGCUAAGUCCA